GUCGACACAGGCGCACUGUCAGUGUCUUUCCUGUAUUUUCUCAUCUGAGGUGGAGAAGAGAGGAUGGCUGCAAGGUUAUUGCUGAGAUCGGCCGUUCGUGGGGCUUCUUGUUGUCGGGGGGCCCCUGCCUCGGUACUCACCCGCGGCAUGGCAGCAGGAGGCGUUCCGACCAACGAAGAACAGGCUACCGGUUUGGAGAAAGAAAUUAUCAACGCAUCGAAAACAGGAGCGGACCCUUACAACAUCUUCAAGCCCAAGGCGUACACUGGGUCCAAGCAGGAUCCCCACCUCGUGCCCUCCAUUAACAAGAAGAGAAUCGUGGGCUGUAUCUGUGAGGAAGACAACACCGCUAUAGUGUGGUUCUGGCUCCACGAGGGGGAGGCACAGCGCUGUCCGUCCUGCGGCUCACAUUACAAGCUGGUCCCUCAUGAGCUGCCCCACUGAGCCUGGAGGAUCAGCUUUCCAGAAGGAAUCCCUUUAAUAAUGUUUGCUUAAAUUGAGAAGAAAUAAUGCAUCGCUAAGCGUCGCAAUCUUUAUAAACCCAGUUCUGACACUUCACUACGUUCUGAUGUAGUGCAUGUUACAUUUGGUCCAAAUCCUCUUAAUAAAGUCGGUGGUGUAUGAAGCUUU